AUGCCGUACGCUCUGGUAGGAAGGAAUGUCCUGAUUACGGGCGGCUCAAGAGGCCUGGGCGCCGAAGUUGCUCGAAAAUUCGCAGCAGAAGGCUGCAACAUCGCGAUCAACUAUGCCAACAACGAGGGACCCGCACGUGACCUCUCAAAAGAGCUCGAAUCAAAUCACGGCAUCAAAACCACCGUAAUCAAAGGCGACGGCGGCGUAGUGUCCGACGUCCAAAAUUGUGUCCGAGAGACGAUCAAAGCAUUCGGAGGCCUGGACAUUAUCGUUGGAAACGCGGGCUUCACUAAAUUCUCGGAUUUCAAGGACCUCGAUGCCAUGACUUACGAAGAGUGGGAUAAAUGCUGGCAUACCAAUGUCACGGCAAACCAUGCCCUACUGAAGGAAGCACUUCCAACUUUCAAUUCGAAUCCGGAUGGUGGAAUACUGAUCAUGACCGGCUCUGUGGCGGGCAAGUCUCUGAGUGGGAGCAGUAUGGCGUACAGUGUCACGAAAGCUGCGCAGGUACACUUGAUGAAGUGCCUUGCGAACACGCAGGGGCCGAAAAUUAGGGUCAAUGCUGUUCUGCCUGGUCUUUUGCUCACGGACUGGGGCAAUCUCUAUGGUGAUGAGAGGAUUAAUGGGUUGAAAAAUGCUGCUGCGCUUAAGCAGGAGACCAAGCUGGACGACUGUGCGCAGGCCUUUGUGGAUUUGGCCAAGAAUACGAGUGUCACUGGCCAAGCGGUCCAUGUCGGUAAGUUGAGUCGGGUCAACAAAAUGUGUGAUGUGCAACUCUUGCUGACUUUGGUUUGGACACAGAUUCGGGGUUAG